AAUUCUAUAAAGCAGUUUCCUUGAGAGCUCUGAACGUGAGCCUUGAAAAGCUGAAAUACUCCAAGCUGCAAAAGAGAUCACUCUCUCCCUCUCUCUCCCACACUUUUCGACUCUAAAAACAAAAGGUAGGCAAUGCAACCAGAUGAGAAAUACCUUUUCACAUACAAAGGAUGUUAUUUCCAGCCAGAUUUGGCUUCAGUGGAGUACUUAGAUUCCCUGGAGGAUUUUGAAAUAAGAGACAGUGAUGUAUUUUUAGUCACUUAUCCAAAAUCAGGCACAAUAUGGACUCAAAAUAUUUUGAGCUUGAUUUAUCAUGAAGGUCACCGAGAUGGAACUGAAAAAGUCGACUUACUAGACAGGGCUCCGUGGCUGGAGUACAAUAUCCGCAAUGUGGAUUACGUCAGUCGUCCAUCACCUCGCCUCUUUGCUUCCCAUCUACCGUACUAUUUAGUACCCAAAGGGUUAAGGAACAGAAGAGCAAAAGUUGUUUAUGUGGCCAGAAACCCAAAGGAUGUCUUGGUUUCCUAUUACCAUUUUUCCAAAAUUGCAGUCAGAUUAGAAGAUGUAGAAGAUUUUGGAAUUUUCAUGGAGAGGUUUUUGGCUGGGAAGGUAAUUCCAAGUUUAUGGCUGGACCAUGUGGAAGGCUGGUACUCUCACAAGGAUGACUUCAAUAUUCUGUUUCUUACCUAUGAAGAAAUGAAGAAGGAUCUGAGAAGCUGUGUCUUGAAAUUAUGCAACUUCCUGGGAAAGAGACUGACGGAAAAGGAGGUGGAUGCUGUUGUGGAUCAGGCUACAUUUAAUAAAAUGAAAGCAGAUCCCAGGGCAAACUAUGAGUUCAUGCCACCGGAUCUCAUGGACCACAGCAAAGGACAUUUUCUUCGGAAAGGGAUGGAAUAUAUCUGGAGUUAUGGAUAUUUAUUUGACCACCACAAUGCACGUUCUUUCUGUCUGCUUCCUGGGCCAGGCACUGUUGGAGACUGGAAGAACACGAUGACAGUCGCACAAAGUGAAAGGUUUGACAGCGUUUUUAAAGAGAGAAUGGAAAAGCUGCCCUUCAAGUUCUGCUGGGACAUCCAUGAGGAAUCAUGAGUCUGCCUUCAACCUGGAAGGAUGAAAUACAGUACACUGUAUGCAUUUAAUCCAGCCCUAUUUGUAAGAGUUAGUAGAAAACAAAUCUCAUACGGCUUAAUAGCUUCCUAAUGUUCUAAUAUGUGCUGUAAUUUUUAAAAAACACCACAAAACAAUUACAUUUGUACUGUCCGCUUCUUCUCUUUCUACAUUCCAACAUGUCCUAAUUUCUGACCCCAUGUGCAAAAGUUAAGGAAUCCCAAACUAACUAUUGGGAUUAUUAAUUGUAUUUUAAAUUGGCACUGUUAUAUUGAGCCUAGCAUUGGAUUAUUGUAAUCGAAAAUUAAUAAAAAA